AUGGACUCGGAAAACGGAGACGGGCCAACGCCCAAGAAAUUAAAGACGGAGUCCCCCACCCCGCAGCCAAUCCCCCAGCUUAACACACAACAGACUGCCUCCAUUGCAAAGACCAACAGAGCUGUGCACGAGAUCGUGGAUGGGUCUGACUUCCGCAAGUUCUUGAAUAAACACUUCACCGAAGAGCUCAUUAGCGGUCUCAAACACGUGUGGGACACGCGCGAGAAAGACGACCUGGAAGAAGGUGAGGCAUUACAACGAUUGGGACAGCGUCUAAUUGAACGCGGCAAACAAAAGAUGGAAAAUAAAAACUAA